CAUAGGCUAAAUGACAUUCGCAAAAUUAUCAUAAAGUGCUAAGUCAUUUUGUCAUUCAGAUAUCAUUUAAAUUUAUCAAUUCAUAAUUCAAAUUUUUCAAUUCAUAAUUUAAAUGACUUCAGCUUGUAAAACACCAGAUAGUAUUUAUGAUUUUAAGGCCAGAACUAUUGAUGGAAAAGAGAUUUCACUAGAUAUCUACAAGGGUAAAGUUGUUCUGAUAGUCAAUGUGGCUUGUGAAUGAGGUUCAACUGAAAAAAAUUAUAAACAAUUAGAAGCUUUAUAUGAAAAGUAUGAGUCGAAUGGUUUAAGGAUACUAGCGUUUCCAUGCAAUCAAUUUGGAAAUCAAGAACCUGGUAGUGAAGCUGAUAUUAAAAAAUUUGUUUCAAAAUAUCCUGUCAAAUUUGAUAUGUUCUCAAAAAUAGAUGUAAAUGGUGACAAUUGUAUACCAUUAUUUAAAUUUUUGAAAAAAAAUGAGGAUAUUUCAUGGAAUUUUGCUAAAUUUUUAAUUAAUCGUCAAGGUAAGAUUGUAAAAAGAUAUGGAACUAAAGAAGAACCAUUUACAUUUGAAAAUGACAUAGUUCAUUUAUUAGAUGAGAAACAAUAAUUCUAAUUUCAAAUAUCAUCAUUAAUAUAAAAGAAAACUCAUGAAAGAAUAUUUUUUUAAAUUUAAUAAAAUAUUCUGGAUUUCAAUUUUCAAUUCAUUUGAAAUGUAUAUAUUCUUUAUAUUAUUAAUGCUGUAUAUGAUCAUCAUUAUAUUGU